AUGACCUGGCUCCAGUGGGCGCCCUCCUUAGUGCCUGCGGAGACAAGGGCCGGAGCCCUGAGCGGGGCUGUGACGGCAGCCCCGCCCUUUGCAUGCCUCUCCUCCUCUGGGCUCUGCCUCCGCAGGGCUCCACGCUUCCCUCCAAGCACCCCCGGCUCAGAGCUCCUCAGGCCCGUCCCCGCUUCCUGGGCUGGCCCUCCAAACUGCAGAUCCCAGCACCCAGACCCUGUGCGCGGCUGCGGACGCCCCUCGGGCUGGGGCGCACUGGCGGCGGCGCGGACCCUCUGUGCAGACCUCGCUCCGUCCUGCCAGCCCCAGGCCAGGUGCUGUGUUCUUUCCAAGUCUCUGAAACACCCCCUGUCUCAGCUGCUCUCCUUACUGGAAGGGACUUCUCCAGAUGUGAAAAUCCUGUCCUUACUUCCAGCUUCCUUCCAAAAUGCUGAGCGAUGGCAUAAAUUAAGGAAAGAAAAAAGACUCCAGACUUUAACUUGUGCCCUGGAAGAUAUCUUUUACAAAGCUGUGUUUUGGGGUGACAUUGCCUUAGAUGAUGAAGAUUUAAAUAUCUUUCAAAUUGAUAGGACAAUUGACCUUACACAGAACCCCUUUGGAAGAUUUGGACAUACCACAGGUGGAUUUGGAGACCAUGGUAUGUCAAAGAAACGAGGGGCCCUCUACCAACUUAUAGACAGAAUAAGAAGAAUUGGCUCUGGCUUGGAGCAAAACAACACAGUUAAGGAAAAAGUACCACUGAAAUUCUCAGGGCAAAGUGAGAAAAAUAGAGUUCCCAGGGCUGCUACAUCAAGAACUGAAAGAGUGUGGCCUGGAGGUGUUAUUCCUUAUGUCAUAGGAGGCAACUUCACUGGCAGCCAGCGAGCCAUGUUCAAGCAGGCCAUGAGGCACUGGGAAAAACACACAUGUGUGACUUUCAUUGAAAGAGGGGAUGAAGAGAGUUACAUUGUAUUCACGUAUAGGCCUUGUGGAUGCUGCUCCUAUGUAGGCCGGCGUGGAAACGGGCCUCAGGCAAUCUCUAUUGGCAAGAACUGUGAUAAGUUUGGAAUCGUUGUUCAUGAACUGGGUCACGUGAUAGGCUUCUGGCAUGAGCACACGCGGCCAGACAGAGAUAACCAUGUGACUAUCAUACGGGAAAACAUCCAGCCAGGUCAAGAGUACAAUUUUCUGAAGAUGGAGCCUGGGGAAGUGAACUCGCUCGGAGAAAGCUAUGAUUUUGACAGCAUCAUGCAUUAUGCUAGGAACACCUUCUCAAGGGGGAUGUUUCUGGAUACCAUUCUCCCCUCACGUGAUGAUAAUGGCAUUCGUCCAGCAAUUGGUCAGCGAACCCGCUUAAGCAAAGGAGAUAUUGCGCAGGCAAGAAAGCUGUAUAGAUGUCCAGCAUGUGGAGAAACGCUACAAGAAUCCAAUGGCAAUCUGUCCUCCCCGGGAUUUCCAAAUGGCUAUCCAUCUUAUACACACUGCAUCUGGAGAGUCUCUGUGACCCCAGGAGAGAAGAUUGUUUUAAAUUUUACUACAAUGGACCUAUACAAAAGUAGUUUGUGCUGGUAUGAUUAUAUUGAAGUAAGAGAUGGGUACUGGAGGAAAUCGCCUCUCCUUGGUAGAUUCUGUGGGGACAAAUUGCCUGAAGUUCUUACCUCUACAGAAAGCAGAAUGUGGAUUGAGUUUCGCAGCAGCAGCAAUUGGGUAGGAAAGGGCUUUGCAGCAGUCUAUGAAGCUAUCUGUGGAGGUGAGAUACAUAAAAAUGAAGGACAGAUUCAGUCUCCUAAUUAUCCUGAUGACUACAGGCCAAUGAAAGAAUGUGUGUGGAAAAUAGCAGUGUCAGAAGACUGCUACGUCGGCCUGAUCUUUCAGGCCUUUGAGAUUGAAAGACAUGACAAUUGUGCCUAUGACUACCUAGAAGUUCGAGACGGAACCAAUGAAAGUAGUCCUUUGAUAGGACGUUUUUGUGGUUACGAUAAGCCUGAAGAUAUCAGAUCUACCUCCAAUACCUUGUGGAUGAAGUUUGUUUCUGAUGGAACUGUGAACAAGGCAGGGUUUGCUGCCAAUUUUUUUAAAGAGGAAGAUGAGUGUGCCAAGCCUGACCGUGGCGGCUGUGAGCAGCACUGCCUGAACACGCUGGGCAGCUACCAGUGCUCCUGUGAGCCCGGCUAUGAGCUGGGACCCGACAGAAGGACCUGCGAAGCGGCUUGUGGUGGACUUCUCACGAAGCUGAAUGGCACCAUAACCACUCCAGGAUGGCCCAAGGAGUACCCUCCCAACAAACACUGUAUAUGGCAAGUGGUCGCACCAACACAGUACAAAAUUUCUAUGAAGUUUGAGUUUUUUGAAUUGGAGGGCAAUGAAGUAUGCAAGUAUGAUUAUGUGGAGAUUUGGAGUGGUCUCUCUUCUGAGUCUAAACUACAUGGCAAAUAUUGUGGUGCUGAAGUGCCUGAAGUGAUCACAUCCCAAUUCAACAAUAUGAGAAUAGAAUUCAAAUCUGACAAUACAGUAUCCAAGAAGGGCUUCAAAGCACAUUUCUUCUCAGACAAAGAUGAGUGUUCUAAGGAUAAUGGCGGGUGUCAACAUGAGUGUGUCAACACAAUGGGAAGCUACCUGUGUCAGUGCCGAAAUGGAUUUGUGCUGCAUGAAAAUAAGCAUGAUUGCAAGGAAGGGAGUCUACAUGUUUGCCCUGGUGGUGACAGGUUUUCAACUCCUCCCCCAGAAGCUUAUUUCAUUUUCCACAGAAGGGUUGCAACAGAACUUCAUGCUUUUCUCCCAGAAGUAACCACUUUCCCAUCCAAGCCUGAAAUAGCAAGGAAGGCCUUUACUGAAUUUGAGAUUGAGCAGCAUCAAGAAUGUGCUUAUGAUCACUUGGAAGUAUUUGAUGGAGAAACAGAAAAAUCACCAGUUCUUGGACGACUGUGUGGGAAUAAGAUACCAGAGCCCCUUGUGGCUACUGGAAAUAACAUGUUUAUUCGGUUUGUCUCUGACGCGUCUGUUCAAAGAAAAGGUUUUCAAGCCGCACAUUCUACAGAGUGUGGUGGCAGACUGAAAGUGGAAUCAAAACCCAGAGAUCUGUACUCACAUGCUCAGUUUGGUGAUAACAACUACCCAGGACAAGUUGAUUGUGAAUGGCUGUUAAUGUCAGAACGGGGCUCUCGACUUGAAUUAUCCUUCCAGAUUUUUGAAGUAGAAGAAGAAGCUGACUGUGGCUAUGACUACGUUGAGCUCUUUGAUGGUCUUGAUUCAACAGCAGUGGGGCUUGGUCGAUUCUGUGGAUCAGGGCCACCAGAAGAAAUCUAUUCAAUUGGUGAUACAGUUUUAAUUCAUUUUCAUACUGAUGACACAAUCAGCAAGAAAGGAUUUCAUAUAAGAUACAAAAGCAUCAGAUAUCCAGAUUCCACACAUAGCAAAAAAUAACCAAAAUCUCCAUCAGAACAUAAGGAAUGUGUAUAAUGCAGAGAAGAUUUAUUUCUUUUUUAAAUGAAGAUUUUAGCACAAAUAUUUCAUAUGAGUUUGAGCAAAAGAAAACUGCAAGACCAGAAUUAUCUCUGUACUACAAGAGAAGUUUCCAGCUAACCCUGAUCAGCAUUACCAGGAUAUUUGAACUCCAUUCUUGACAGUAUAAAUAUAAAUAAAGUUGGUGAAAGGGCAUCAUGAUUCAAAGAAGACUUCACAAUUCUUUGUUCACAGCACAACACAGAUGCUUCACAAUUCAAAUAUUUCCUUUCAGGGUCUGUGACCUUGCAGAGUGUUCUUUUUGACAAUUUCUCAAUAUAUGGGAGAAAUAAAAUGAUCUUACAGGUUAUAAACUGGAAAACCCUCUCCUAGAAUCUUAGGAUAAUUGCUUUGACUGUGCAUCUUGAAGACAAUGUAAACCAGAUCCAUAUAAGUUGUUGUGAAGUGGAAGUCUUUUAAGGGUGGUUUAUACUUUAAAUAUGGGUGUGACCAGUGUUUGAAACUGGAAUAUUUCAGCUUCAUUAUUUUCACUUGCAGGCUAAAUUUACCUCUUUGAAACGUAAACCAUCUUGAAACCAUCUCAUUUUCCUGAACUUUGACAAGUUUGAAAUGUCAGUAGUGUCUACCAUUUAGCUGAUUCUAAACAUAAUUUUAUCUAAGUGCUGGAAAAUGCCCAGUUUAUCGGUAAACUCAGUUCUUUCAGUGAGAAAUGCUGCCUUUUCACACCAAAUUCAAGAGACCUUGGGAUGUCUUGUGAACGUGAUGAGAUAAUUCCCAACAGGUGUGAACUGGAUCCUUUUAAAGUAACUGCGGAGAUGGUUCAUACUGAAGUUCUACUGCUGCUAUUCUUUCUUUUGUUGUUGAUCUGUUGUAGCUGUUCAUGUUGAUGUUGUCAAGGUUAAUGUUUUUUUUUUUUUAAUGAAAUGAAGUGGGCAAGGCUUCUUAGAACUGAAAAUUUUCUUUCUCUUCCUAGAAUUCAGGUUUUUAAAAUGUAAUGUUGUAAAAAAAAAAAAAAGAUUUGUUUCUGAAAGACUUUCUAUGGUGCUAUUCCAUAAACAUUUUUUUUUUAAACAAAGUUUUUGACCUUUGAGCCAACCACCUGUAGACUACAAACGUCUCUGUCUGGCUGGUAGCACUUGAAGACUAAAGACUUGCUAAAUGUAUCAAAAGUAUGUUGUUGCAAGUGUAGCACUUGUCCUGUGGAACAGCUGCUUAUAAUGCCUUAGAAUUACUUUGAAUGAUUGAGCAGAUCCUCCUAAGAGACACACCUUUUUUGAAAAGUUGAGUAUAGUAGUGUACUUUAGUUAGCAUCUCUAUGAGGAAAAUUAAUUUCUGUGACUGAGAUCUUUAGAUAUAAAUAUGGUGACCUAUGUUUAUUGUAGAAAAUUAAUUUUCUGCUUUAAAGCCAGGAUUUUUUUAAAUAUUAAUGUAUGUAUAUAUGAGGUUGUCUGAAUGAGUGAAGCUACAAGAAAGUGAUGAGUAGUGGGUGGCUGAAAAGUUUAAAUUUACAUGCCAAGUUCUGCUAGAAUCCUGUUUGAAGUAGCAACUUUCAUAAGCUGUUUCAUGGACAAAUAAUGGGAAUUUCUCAUUAUUAUCAAUCCCAUUUUUAAAAAGGCUCCUUCCUUCAGAGAAACUCUAUUUUGAUAUUUUUUUAUGUUGAUAUAGAUUGCUGUAUGAAGUAGCUUUGGUUCUGUUGUCUGUCCAUGAACAUUCAAUAUUUAAUAAAAUUGAAAAUCUUUCUUCAUUUUACAAUAUUAAACUAUACACACAGAUUUAGCUUGCUUUUUUUUUUCCAUUGUUGCCUUGAAAAUCUUUUAUUGUGUAUGAAUUGUAUUAUGUAAAUACAUUUUUAAAAAUAAUCUUUUGAUCUCAUGGAACAUUACUUUGGAAGUGUAUAAAUAUUGCCUGCAAUAUAAGGAGCUUUUUAGUGGAGCUGAUUUAUUCCAGUAACUUCUAUAUUUUUUUUCACCUAUCUCCAGUAAGCCAAAAUAUUGGGAAUAGGAAAGAGAGGAGAAAAGAAAAAAACAUUAAAACCUGGUAUACUAUGCUGUGCCCAGCCCAGUACUAAGCACAUACACUAGCCCUUUUAACUUCAUGCAACCCUUUGAGAACUGUGGUAAUGGUCUCAUUUUAUGGUUUAGGAACUGAGGCUCAAAUAAAGAAUAUAAUGUUCCCAGGGUUACAGUGUAAAGUUAGAUGUUAAAACUCAAAUUGUCUGAUAUAAAACUCUGUACUUAUUCUAAAAAUGUAGUAGAAUCAAUCUUGACAUAUAUAUAUAUAUAUAUACAUAUAUAUAUACACAUAUACAUAUAUAUAUAUAAGAUAUAUUUUUAUGCUGAAACUUUCCACAUAAAGUCAGUUUUAGAGGUGAGUUACAGUAGAACUUUCUAACCAAGAAUAAACUUGGUUACUUUCAGUAAUAGCAUGAAAAUUAAAAUAUCAACUGUAGAUGUCUUUAAGAACCACAGUUAAUACUAGAAAAUUAAAAAACAAAAAAAGCUACUAUAUAGUUUGGAGUUAGUAACUAUGGGCCUUUUGUUAAAAUAAGUACAUUAAAUUAUUUUAUCUGAUGUGGUGGGGAAAAUGUAGUGCUUUUAAGAAAUACUGUGGAUAUUCUGGUUGAUAUCUUAUAAGGCUUCAAUGAGCUGCCCUCACAUAACUGGGAAGUAAAGUAUUUAGAAGGCACACUCAAAGAGGUUGUCAUAACUUAUGUCUUCAAUGGGAACAUUAAUUUUUUAUUAUACUUUUUGUAUGAUAUCUGCUCACUGCAUAUUAUUUUUAUAUUAAUUCAACUUUGGCUUAGGUGUAUUGUUAAAUUCAAACACAAACAGCUUCAUUGUUAUUGUGAUAAUAAUGGUUAAUUACUGUUCUAGGCAUUUUAUUAGCUUUUGUAAAUUUAUUUUCAACCUUUGCAUCAACUUCUACAUUAGUCUUGGUUGUGUUAAUACUGUCUAUUUGCUGAAGUUCUAACUCCUAUAAAAUCCUCACUGACUCUACAUAUAAAAAACUGCUCCCACUUAAUAUGAUUUUAUUAAAUUAUUUUUAAAAGUCAA